UGGUGAGAUGCAUGCCUCUUCCACUAACGCAGUAGAGAAAAAAUGCAGGCUAUUUCCUGCUUCAACUCUCACAACCCUAACCCUAAUUUCCACUCACCCCUAAUUCACACCCUCUCCAUGUCUGAGAACUCUGCUUCCCGCUCUUCCUCCACCAAAGCUUCCUUCAAAUUCAAUCCUAAAUUUAUCUUCGGAAGCCAUUUCUCUUUCUUUUUCACUCCUCCUCUGAAUCUCCUCCAUUCUUGCGCUGUUAGUCAACCCAAUUCUCCUCUUCAAGAAAGCAUUUUUUCACCAGAAUCUAGCGAUGAAGAGAGAUUUUCUGAUGAAUUUUCUGGCAUGGGCUCGCCGGAAAAUGACUCUGGUAAUGGUGCGGACCUUCUUGUUGUUAGGAGACCUGCGAUGGAGUCUUUGAGGGAAGAUGAGGAAGCCAUGUCUUCUAAAGAAGUCAAAGAGAAAGAGGAAGGGGAUGUUUCUGAUUCAUCUGGUUUGGAUUUGGGUUUAUCAGAGAUCGCGAGAAAGGUGUCAUUGUUUGAGCCUGAGAGGACCAGUGAGUUUGCAGAGAGACCAUUGCCAAUUAAUUUGGAGCUUGCCCUUUAUAGGGCAAAGAUUUUGUCCAGGAAUUAUCAGUACGAAGAUGCUGAGAAGGUUUUUAGGCAGUGUAUAUCAUUUUGGCCAGAAGAUGGACGUCCUUAUGUGGCACUUGGGAAGAUCCUAAGUAAGCAAUCUCGAUUUGCUGAUGCUAGGUCGGUCUAUGAGAAGGGCUGCCAAGCAACUCAAGGAGAGAAUCCCUACAUAUGGCAGGAUUCUAGAGGAGUGCUGAGGCUUACAUUCUUGACUGGACAGUGUUGGGCUGUUUUAGAAAAUAAGGUUGGGAACAUCAGGAAGGCAAGAGAACUAUUUGAUGCUGCCACAGUAGCUGAUAAACGACAUGUUGCAGCCUGGCAUGGAUGGGCAGUCUUAGAGCUUAAUCAAGGCAAUAUAAAAAAGGCCAGGGAUCUUCUUGGGAAAGGACUAAAGUAUCAUGGUGGAAAUGAAUACAUAUACCAAACACUUGCUUUGCUUGAAGCCAAAUCUAACCGAGUGGAACAAGCCCGUUACUUAUUCCGACAGGCUACACUUUAUAACCCCAAGAGCUGUGCUAGUUGGCUUUCAUGGGCGCAGCUAGAGGUGCAGCAGGAGAAUAGUGAAGCUGCCAGGAAACUGUUUGAGAAAGCAGUCCAAGCCAGUCCAAAGAACAGGUAUGCCUGGCAUGUAUGGGGACUCUUUGAGGCCAAUCAAGGUGACAUUGAGAAAGGAAGGAAGCUUCUAAAGAUAGGCCAUGCACUUAACCCUAGGGACCCUGUUAUUCUUCAGUCGCUUGGUUUAUUGGAAUACAAGCAUUCAUCUGCAAAUGUUGCUCGAAUUAUGUUCCGAAGAGCUGCUGAAUUGGACCCAAGGCACCAGCCAGUAUGGAUUGCUUGGGGUUGGAUGGAGUGGAAAGAGGGGAACAUAUCCAAAGCACGAGAACUCUACCAGAAAGCAUUAUCAAUUGACUCGAUAAGUGAAAGUGCUGCACGCUGCCUUCAGGCAUGGGGUGUUUUAGAACAGAGGAAUGGUAAUCUAUCUGCUGCUAGGAGGCUAUUUAGAUCAUCUCUAAACAUAAAUUCUCAAAGUUAUGUUACGUGGAUGACAUGGGCGUCAUUGGAGGAACAGCAAGGGAAUGCUGUGAGGGCUGAGGAAAUCCGAAACCUCUAUUUCCAACAGCGAACUGAAGUUGUUGAUGACGCCUCAUGGGUCAUGGGUUUCCUUGGCAUUAUCGACCCAGCACUGGCCAGCAUAAAGAGGCUAUUGAAAUUUGUUCCAAACCCCUCUCCAAGAAGCCUGGAAGAUGUCAAGAAACUCAUUGAAAUGAGAAAUAGUGAUGCCAUGGGAAAGAGUAGCCCUCCUUUAAACCUGGUUGAUGGCUCUAGAGGACGUGAUGAAAGAGUAUCCAAAAUUGGCGAUGAUUUUGAUCUAGAUUCCUUCAUUAAAGAGAAUCUCUCGCUUGAUGCAUUAAAACUUGAUGAUCAGUUAGUGGCUUUUGAACCCAAGAAAACCAAGCAUUAUAGAAAGAUAUUCAGACCAGAGCGUACCGUUGCUAACCAACUAAUGAGACCAUGAUCUAAUGGAAGCUGGAGAUAAAGAGAAGGUGGGUUGUGCAUCAUUACCAGUUUCACUUGGAUGUAUAGUGUACAUGUACAAUAGCUACACUGGAAUGAUUAUUUCGAUUUCUGCACUUUCUUUUUGAUGAUCCUGAAAAUUGGGUCAAUUUUAAAUUCUGAAUAUGUAACUUGUAAUUACAUGCUCAUUAAGCGUCAGGGAAUCCAAUUCCUUGGUUUUUAGGUC